AUGGCGGGGAGCUAUCCAGUUUGGGAGGAUUUCAUAAACAAAGCAGGAAAGCUACAGUCCCAGCUUCGGACCACAGUAGUAGCAGCGGCUGCCUUCUUGGACGCCUUUCAGAAAGUGGCCGACAUGGCUACCAACACACGUGGUGGUACCAGGGAGAUCGGUUCUGCCCUGACGAGGAUGUGCAUGAGGCACAGAAGCAUAGAAGCCAAGCUGAGGCAGUUUUCGAGCGCUUUAAUUGAUUGUCUGAUAAACCCGCUUCAAGAACAGAUGGAAGAAUGGAAGAAAGUGGCUAACCAGCUGGAUAAAGACCACGCAAAAGAAUAUAAAAAAGCCCGCCAAGAGAUAAAAAAGAAGUCCUCAGAUACGUUGAAACUGCAGAAGAAAGCAAAAAAAGUGGACGCUCUCGGGAGAGGUGACAUCCAGCCUCAGUUGGACAGCGCUCUCCAAGAUGUCAACGACAAGUAUCUCUUGUUGGAAGAGACCGAAAAGCAGGCAGUCCGGAAAGCACUGAUUGAAGAACGCGGCCGAUUCUGUACCUUCAUCUCUAUGCUGCGGCCCGUGAUUGAAGAAGAAAUCUCCAUGCUAGGGGAAAUAACUCACCUUCAGACCAUCUCAGAAGAUCUGAAAAGCCUGACCAUGGACCCUCACAAAUUGCCCUCCUCAAGUGAACAGGUGAUUCUGGACUUGAAAGGUUCUGAUUAUAGUUGGUCGUACCAGACGCCACCCUCUUCUCCCAGCACCACCAUGUCCCGCAAGUCUAGUGUCUGCAGCAGCCUGAACAGCGUCAACAGCAGCGACUCGCGCUCCAGCGGCUCUCACACUCACUCCCCCAGCUCACACUACCGCUACCGCAGCUCCAACCUGGCCCAGCAGGCGCCCGUCCGCCUGUCCAGCGUGUCCUCCCACGACUCAGGAUUCAUUUCACAGGACGCCUUCCAGUCCAAGUCACCGUCCCCCAUGCCGCCAGAGGCCCCCAACCAGAACUCGUCCAGCUCGGCCUCCUCUGAAGCCUCCGAAACCUGCCAGUCCGUGAGCGAGUGCAGCUCGCCCACCUCAGUCAGCUCAGGCUCCACCAUGGGCGCCUGGGCGUCCACAGAGAAGGACUGGGCCAAGCCAGGACCUUAUGAUCAGCCCCUGGUGAACACCCUACAGCGCCGCAAGGAGAAGCGGGAGCCGGACCCCAAUGGAGGAGGACCCACUGCUGUGGGUGGUGCGCCUGCAGCUGCCGAGGAAGCUCAGAGACCACGGAGCAUGACCGUGUCAGCUGCCACCAGGCCUGGUGAGGAGAUGGAGGCUUGCGAGGAACUGGCGCUGGCCCUGUCGCGGGGCCUCCAGCUGGACACGCAGAGGAGCAGCCGGGACUCGCUCCAGUGCUCCAGCGGCUACAGCACGCAGACGACCACCCCGUGCUGCUCUGAGGACACCAUCCCCUCCCAAGUUUCAGAUUAUGAUUAUUUCUCUGUAAGCGGUGACCAGGAGGCAGACCAGCAGGAGUUUGACAAAUCAUCCACCAUUCCGAGAAACAGUGACAUCAGCCAGUCUUACCGACGGAUGUUCCAAGCCAAGCGCCCGGCCUCAACUGCUGGCCUCCCCACCACCCUCGGACCUGCUGUGGUCACCCCAGGGGUUGCAACCAUCCGACGGACCCCCUCCACCAAGCCUUCUGUCCGCCGGGGGACCAUCGGAGCCGGUCCCAUCCCCAUCAAGACACCCGUGAUCCCUGUCAAGACCCCAACCGUCCCAGACCUCCCCGGGGUGCUGCCGGCACCUCCGGAUGGGCCAGAGGAGAGGGGUGAGCACAGCCCCGAGUCGCCCUCUGUGGGUGAGGGCCCCCAGGGUGUCACCAGCAUGCCCCCCUCAAUGUGGAGUGGCCAAGCCUCCGUCAACCCUCCUCUUCCAGGCCCGAAGCCCAGUAUCCCCGAGGAGCACAGACAGGCGAUUCCAGAAAGCGAGGCCGAAGACCAGGAAAGGGAUCCCUCAAGUGCCACUGCUUCCCCAGGCCAGAUUCCAGAGAGUGACGCUGCAGACCUGAGCCCGAGAGAUACUCCGCAAGGGGAAGACAUGCUGAACGCCAUCCGAAGGGGCGUGAAACUGAAGAAGACCACCACAAACGACCGCUCAGCCCCUCGCUUCUCGUAG